GUACUGCCCGGCAUUCACACGUGACACACCCUCCCCACGCGUCAACCUCGCGAUUUCCAUCUCCACUUUCCAUGCCCCGAAACACCAAAAACAUUUCCCAAACACGAGCGAGCGAGCAUUCCAACAAAACAAAACGAAACAAGACAAUCCACCGAUUAAAACUUCGCAUCUGUCUUGCAUCAACAGAAACCCAUCGAUUUGCCGAUUAAAAAGUCUCUUCUUUUCGCACCAUGCUCCAAAAGAAAAUGUCAUGACACCCCCUUCAUCUGCCGUCGCGCCGGCCCUCUUACCGCCAAAUCUCUAUAGUCUCUCACCUACCAUCCACAAAUGGUGUGCGUUGCGCUGUGCGGAUAUCGUUUCUUUGACUACUAGGGGUGUUUAUUUUGAAGAUAAACUAAUUCACCACUACCUCAACCAUCCCAUCCGCUACAUUAAACUCAUCGGGCUCAUCGUCUCCAUCGAUACCUUUGCCCGUCGUCGCGUUUACACUAUCGAUGACUCAAGCGGGGCAUGCAUCGAAUGCGUUGCACUCCUACCACUCCCAUCCCCAGAGACUCCCCAAGCCCCUCCCAGCAAGCCCUCCAGCAGCCCUUCCAUCUCGACGCCCCAAAUCCCCUGGGACGACAUCUCGGAAUGCAAAGUCGUGCGGAUUCUGGGAAUCGUGGAUUCAUACAUGCAGGUUCCGCAAUUGCAGAUUGUGAAGAUGGGGAUUGUGGGGAGUACGGAUGUGGAGAGGAAGUGGUGGGAUGAGUGUCGGGGGUUGAAAGAUCCGGAGAUGGGGAUUUUGGGUAGGGAAUGGGUGGUGGGGAGGGAGGAGAUGGAGAGGUGGAAGAGGAGGGAGAGGAGGAGGAAGGCGAGGGAGGAGGAGAAGAGGGGAGGGGGGAGAGAUGGGCGUGCGGUGAAGAUGAAAAUGAAGGUUGGUAGUGGUAGCAGGAGAAGAGAGGAUACCGAGAGAGUUGAAGAGGAGCGAGAGCUGGCGAGCAAAAAAAUUAUAAACUCCCAACCACGUUCUUCAACCAUCAACUCCAAUCCCACCUCCACCACCACCUCCAAGCCCAACCCCUCUCGCGCUCCCCACGAAACCUCCCCCAACAAACCUCUCCCCCGUCCGCCCAUCCGCAAAAGAUUCAUACCCACGAUCGUCCCCGACCUAUCCAACUACGACACCUUCGGCUAUUAAUCAUAAUCCACACCUUUCCAGCACGAAGGAGAACCCUUCCAAGAAAGGAAAUUGAAAAGCGCAAAAGAGAUCCCCGAGCCA